AUGGAUGCAAAUGGAAACCAUAUCGGCUACAUGGCCGAACAAGAGAAAGGCAUGGCAAAUAUGGUGGCGCGACAGUGGUUUCGAACACAUCGAAGUUUUGUGACGCAUGUGUUUGAUCGGCACGAAAACGAGGUGCUUCGAUUCCACCGCCCCUUCUCUUGGAUUAACUCUCGCAUUCGGGUAUACGACCCUCUUGAUAUUGCCAAAAGCACCUUCUCGUCUUCAACCGCUGUCCAGACUGGACCCUCAGGAUCUCUUGUCCAAGCUACGGGGGGCUCAAAUGCACGCGUUUCGCCUUUGGGAUUAGGGGAUAUGCGUGUCAUUGGAGAAGCACAGCAGCAGUGGGCGCCGUUGCGGCGGAAAUACAACCUUUUCACCUAUCACCACUCCCCUGUUGGCGCCACAGAGAUGGGAACUCAGAGGUUACCUCUUUCACAGACCGGGUUAUCAAAUUCGCAGCAGAUGCAAUUGACGCAGACCAGUGACAGCGGUCAAGAUGUUGGGGAAUACCAUCAGUUCGCCUAUGUCGAUGAGCCCUUCUUGUCAUGGGACUUCUCUCUACGCUCGGCAGACAGCCGACUCAUUGGCUCAGUCAAUCGGAAUUUCGUUGGUUUCGCGCGGGAAUUGUUCACAGACACAGGUGUUUAUGCUCUUCGCAUGGAUUCUGCGGCUCUUGGGCCCGAGAAUUCGACCACACAAGCAAACGCGCCAACCGGAAUGACGCUGGAUCAACGGGCAGUAAUGCUGGCCACUGCGGUCAGCAUUGACUUCGAUUACUUUAGUCGUCACAGUGGUGCUGGCGGUUUUGGCUUCAUGCCCAUCUGGUUACCCGGCAUUGGCGGAGAGGCCGCUGCCGGUGGUGCCGCUGCUGGCGAAGCUGGAGCUGUAGGUGAGGCGGCCGCGGGCACCGUUGGCAGGGCUGGCGCCGCUGGAGGAAUUGCCGAAGGUGCUACUGCAGGAGCUGCGGGUGCGGGUGCGAUGGCUGGUUACGAUGCGUUGUCCAGAGGCAUGGCUGGAGACAGCAAUCCGCAACAUCCUCCCUCACCCGAACAGCAGCCAUACUCGGCAGACCAGCAAUCAUCAGACCCCGGUCAAGCGGGCCCUUACGGGGAUGUAUGGGCCGAGGACCAGGAGGAUCCUUUUUCUCGCGGGCCUGAAGAUCCCUGGAACAUUGAGGAGCCAGAUGAUGAGGGCGAAGAAGGAAAUGAUGACAAUGACUGGUUUUGA